GCGUCUUUAAUUUGUAUAGAAAUUCUAUUUUUCUGUCAUUUUUACCAAGCCUUAGUAUGUUGUUGCUGUUUUUCUGACUGCUUGCAGUUAUUUGACUGUCAAAAAACGUUAAUAGUCAGUCACCUGCACAUGGCUCUUCACCAGAGAUGGGUGGACCUUAGUAACCUCCAUCUAAGUAUUACUGAGAGUUACUCUUUUUCUAAACUGAUUGCCUGAUAAUGGCUUUUACAAUUUCUCAAUCAAUUAAAUCACGUAUUAAGUAGUAGCGGAAUUAUAAUAGAUUGAUAGACACUGCUUACAACUGCUUUGUUUACAUCCAGCACUCAAACGGUUAAUCGAGAUUGACAAGCGAAGGGUAGUUGCGCAUGCGCACAAGGCGUUGACAGAGGAAACAGCCGGGGAGUAGUCAAACAGUCCAUGAUCAGGGAGGAAGGAGGAGGAAAAAACAAUAAAUAAUUCGGCUUCAGUUGAGCUUUUGUCUGCUCGAGACAAUUAUGCUCUUCUGGCCGCCGUCGCUUCCUCACAGGUGUCCGCUUCCCGGUCGCUGAAUGGCGCUGGUUACCGUGCAGCGUUCACCGACCCCCAGCACCAGCUCCAGCCCCUGCGUUUCGCAUCAGUGAAAGUUUCCUGACUGUAAAAGGAGCUGCUCUCUUCUUACCUCGUGGAAAUGGCUCCUCCGCUUCUUCUGCCUCCCGCUUCUCCCAGCUGCGGAGCAAACAUGCAGGAGACAUCCAGCAGCAUCUGCAGACCAUGUUCACUGUCCUCCGGCCAGAGGACAACAUCAAGCUGGCGGUUCGUUUGGAGAGCGCCCACACUCAGGUGACCCGCUACAUGGUUGUGGUGUCUACCAACGGUCGUCAGGACACUGAGGAGAGUGUGGUGCUGGGGAUGGAUUUUAGUCCAGUAGACUGCUCCUGCUCUGUAGGGCUGGUUUUGCCUUUAUGGAGUGACACCUUAAUACACCUGGAUGGAGACGGGGGGUUCAGCGUGUCGACGGAUAGCAGAAUCCAUGUAUUCAAGCCUGUUUCUGUACAAGCCAUGUGGUCGGCCCUGCAGUCACUGCAUAAAGCUUGCGAAGUGGCUCGCUGUCACAACUACUUCCCGGGCAGUUUAUUCCUUACCUGGGUCAGCUACUAUCAAAGCAGGGUCUCCUCAGACCAGGCUCGCAUUAAUGAGUGGAACACCAUGCAGGAUGUGCAGUCGCACCGUGCCGACUCGCCUGUGCUCUUCUCUGAUGCGCCCACGGAAAGGGAGCUGACAGAGCGACAGAUCAAAACCAGCUUGAGGGAAAUCAUGACGCAGAAAGACCUUGAGAACAUCCGAACAGAGCUGGAGAUGCACAUGACAUGCAACCUGCGCGAGUUCAAGGAGUUCAUUGACAACGAGAUGAUUGUGAUUCUGGGCCAGAUGGACAGUCCUACGGAGAUCUUUGAUCAUGUCUUCUUGGGAUCUGAGUGGAAUGCAUCCAAUUUGGAGGAGUUGCAGAACAGCGGAGUUCAGUACAUCCUGAAUGUGACAAGGGAAAUUGACAACUUCUUUCCUGGUGUGUUUGAGUACCACAACAUCCGGGUUUACGACGAGGAGGCCACUGACCUGCUCGCCUACUGGAAUGACACCUAUAAGUUUAUAUCCCGGGCAAAGAAAUCUGGGUCCAAGUGCCUGGUGCACUGUAAAAUGGGAAUAAGCCGCUCUGCAGCCACAGUCAUCGCAUAUGCCAUGAAGGAGUACGGCUGGGAUUUGAAAAGGGCCUUUGAUUACGUCAAACAGCGCCGGACGGUGACCAAGCCCAACCCGUCCUUUAUGAGACAGCUGGAGGAGUAUCAGGGCAUUCUCCUGGCCAGCAAGCAGAGGCACAACAAGCUGUGGCGUUCUCACUCUGACAGCGAUCUGUCCGAGCACCACGAGCCGCUGUCCAAAUCCCACGCCCAGCCCCACAGCCUGGGCCGCUCGGACCCCCAUAACCAGGCCGGCAGCGCACCGGGUCCUUCUGUCAAAGAGCUGCUGGAGUCGCUGGGCCCUCCGUCCGCCUCUGGCAGGGCGGCUCACUCCAGCAGCCAGCCCGACACCGGCGUCCAGUCCAAUCAGCGUGGAUCUAUCUCCUUUAAAGGGACGGCAGCUCGGUCAGACGAUGCUGGACCUCCGAGCCUUGAGGCUGCCUCUCAUUCUGCUGUAGGCCAGGGCCGACAGGCGGCCCCUCCUCGUCCUGUUUCCGCAGCCGCUUCUGUGUCUUUACCUCCCCCGCUCGCCAACGGCUUAUGUGACUCCGAGGAGCAGCACUCAUCUCCUCCGGUCUCCCAGCCCAGGGCCGCCCCCGUGGUGCCAGAGCCCCAAAAGGCCGACACAGUGCCUGUUGCACAAAGUGUUUUGAUGGACCAGGCCCACCCGUCUCCCUCUGCUCACCACACCCCGGUCUCUCCUGCUCUGUCCUCGCAGGACAAAGACGUCAAAAACGUGUUGUCCUCUUCCCCGCCCGUGAUGAAACCAGCGCCGGCGUCUGCGCCUGCUCCCACGGCAACACAAGCCGCAAGCACGCAGCCGGCCGCGCCCCGCUGUGUGUCUGCACCGGUGCCCAUCAAAAAGGCAGACGGCGGCCAACAAAUCUACAGCUCCUCAUUGGACAGUUUAACCGCCCAUCCGCCCUCCUCUAAUGACUUUAACAGCUACGCCAGUGCCACUCCACAAGACAACGUGCUGCUGUUCGGCCACAGCGCGGACCACAUCAACUUUUUCAGUGCCAGAGAAAAGUUUAAGGGAAUGAGUCAAGACGGCAAAACUCUCAGUGCUGCAGCGCAGCAGUCGCCCCUGCCCAAGAGCAUCAGCAAAGAGCAUCAACCAGGCCUUCAAGAGGGCCCUCACAGUGAGGAGGAGAAAAGAAAGGAAAUGCUUGUUCCUGUGCAGGUCACAGGAACGAAGUCCACUGAGACUCUCAGCAAGCCAGAGGCUCAAGGCCUCCUGGAGCAGGAAGCGACAAAGCCGGGGCAGGAAGCGACAGAUCGAGAUGCUUCCUCACUCAAAGAAGCCGAGAGUGUAAAGGAGGAAGCGAGGAACAAAGAAGAUGAGGAAGGGGCUCCGGCUCGUCUCUACAGCGACUGGAAGAGAGGCUCUGUGCGGCGCGUCACUCAGCAGCUGGAGCAACGAAUGAAACAGGAGCACGAGACUCCCUCCCCCUCGUCCUCACCGCCAUCCGUCAUUGGCUGCACAUCGCACUCUCAGCGCCGUCCGCACAGCAUCCAUUCCACUACAGUGUCUCUGCCUCGGGAUGCCUCAGUUAGCCCACAGGUGUCGGUGGGUAACAGUUUGCAGGAAGAGCAGGAUGAGGAGGAUGGUAAGUGUGGAGCGCCUAAAAGAGGGAGUGCUCUUGUAGCUGAGGAAGUGAGGAACGUAGGAAAUGAUGACAAAAGCACAAAAAGACACCACCUCGAGCCUGCUAAUACUAGAUUGGGUUCUACCUCUUCUUUCCACUUCUCUGCCCAGUCUCCUUUUGCCUCUGUGAACUUCCUGUGUUUGGAGGGAGUGACCGAGCUUGAGUCGGGCACAGAUUGGGGCUGUUUCACAGCGGGAGCCCACAGUGACAUCGUCAUGAGGGAGACGUGGGAGACUUUGUGUGAGUUGGGGGCCUUCCUGCAGCAGGUGAGCAUGAGUAAGAGCUGCAAAGCCAGGCGUGCAGGACAGGCUCCAGAGGCUCAGGGGCGAGGCUGCAGCAUCCACAAGAGGGCCAGGGAGGUGGAGGCAAGGAUUCGCCAAGCAGGGCUGACCCCCCCGUCCUUCAUGAAGCGCUCGGCCUCACUGGCCAAGCUGGGAUGCUUGGAGCUGCUCGCCAACGACCUGAGCGAGUGGGAGCUCAGCCGAUCCACUGCAGCUCCACCCUUAGCACAAGCUCCCCUCCACGCAGUUUCUGAUGAAUCCAAGAAGCAGCGAGUCCAGACCUCACUGUCCCUAAGUGGUGGGAAACCACAAGCCCUCGGUGUCCCCUCCAAUAGGCUCCCUGAGGAUGGAGAAACCUCACAGGGAGUUUUUCUGCCAUCAGAUCAAAGUCAUCCAGAGAGAGGAAAGCUACUAAACGCUGGCCAAGAUUCUUCCAAUUUGCCAGAUCCCACACUUCUGACGACAAGGCAACAAUAUGGAAGGACUCACCCCCUGAGAAGGCUGAAAAAGAGAACUGUUAGUAGUACCCUUUACCACACAAUGUGACCCCCACACUGUGUGUCUGUGUGCGUGAGAGCGGGAGGGAUUGUGCACCCGUGAGUGAUGGAAAUCGUGUGCAUAUGUUAGGUUUAUUCAACAAAACAAACAAAUGCCUCUUGCCUUAAAGGAUGCAUUUAGUGGAUUCUCUAUGUUGUUACCCACAGAUCCUCUAAGAGCCUCUGUAAAAUCUGCUUGCGAUACCGACCUCCAUAUUAUAGCAAAGACAAGGCUGUGAAAGUUCCACAAACUGAAUUCAAAUCAAAUCCAAAUCCUGAACAGUCAGUUAAAGCGACAGAAACAUUUAGAUUGCAAAUCUGGUUUUAGUGUAGAAACGCCUGCUCUGUGUGUCCAUCAUUCCAGUUUUCUCCACCAUCGCUCCGUUCACUUGAUUGUGGUUAGUUAGUUGGUUGGAUGACUUAAAUGUCCAGCCUUAUGUUAGGUGGAAUGUAGUUUUCCCUAUUUCCCCCUUUUUUUUGGAUAAUUUUUUUGCACCUUUUCAUCAAUCUUUGCAGGUAAUGCUGGAGAGCAAACGAUGCCGCUGACGCAGUCAGAAGCUGAUCCACAUCACUGUAACAGACUUUUUUCAAACUAUUAGAUUUGGUGCAGAUGAACUAAAUUUGUCAAAUGCCGUGCAUCAGAAUUACCAGUAAUAUUGCAACAGAGUUGAGUCUCGGCACAAAAAGUCUCAGGUUAAACAGGCACCGCAUUGUUCAUUUUCGUUUGUUUGUUUUUUUGCAAACAAAGCUGUAUCGGAGCUGGAGACCACAGGCACUGAAAACUGUGCACCAGGAAGAGAAUGAAAACAGUGGAGGCAUGCUUCUUCUGUUAUUAUCAUCAUCAUCAUUUUUAUUAUCAUUGUUUUUAUGGCACAGUACCUCAACCAAAUCUGACUUUGACAAAUGUCCGGCUCUGGCAUCCUGGAAUGUUCUAAAUCCGAAACUAUCUGAACUCCACUACUUGAACUGGAAUAAACGUGUCUAUUUCAUGUCCUCAGAGUUCUGAUGCCACUCGAAGUAGGUUAGGUGUGGGGGUUAAAAGCAGAGUGUACAUUUGUGAGUUUUCUGCUGUGUUCUCUUUGGGAUGUAAAGGUCAAUAUUGUGAGUGUCAACAUUUAAGGAACUGUACAUGUUUUAUAUCUCGUUCGUGUCGGUGAGUGGGUCUGUGUAGCACAAUUUUAUCAUGUGGGUGUGUACCUCUUUUUUUAAUUGUUUUUAAUUUGAUCUUUUGUACAGAUUUUAGGAGUGUGCCUGUGACUGGCAAGUGAAGCUUCUCUGCACUCAGAAAUGUCUGCACAGGGACGUCUGUCAUACAUGCACUUUACUCCCUUUUCAUUUUUUAAAUGUCUUUUACGUGUGGUUGCUACUUUUGGGGGAGCAUGUUUUAGUAGCAGCGGGUGUUGCUUACGUCUUUGUUUUGUCAAACUUAUUUUUUUUGCUUUUAUUUUAAACUAUCAGUGUAAAUAUUCUUUUAUAUCAUGUGGUUCAAAUGUGACCAUUAAACAUUGGAGAUUAUUAAGA